GCGCCUCACACAUCAAUCAUUUAUCGGCUUUAGUUUGCUCUUUUGAUAACUUCCACCUUGACUCCAUCGACUUUGAUUAGCCCAAGCUAUCACUGCUAACGAAGGUAGUGUCUUCAGAUCAAUAAACGUUUUGUUCUCGCCAUGGAGGAUUACAAGACGUACUUGGCCGAGAAUAUCCUCAGUGAGGACAAGGUGGUCACCUAUCGCUUGCUGAGUCGGGCCCUGCGUGUACAUCCAAAUGUAGCGAAACAAAUGCUCUAUGAUUUCCACAAGACCCAGAGCAGCAAGAAGCCCGGGACUGUCUAUGCCACUUACAUGCUAUACGGUAUCAAGAAGUCUGUCCAGAAUCAAAAUGGCAACGCCAUGGACAUCGACUUGCCUUCUUCGCUUCCCGACGCGGACCCGGUUGAUGACGAAGAAGUGCCCUCAUACACUCUCGUACUGGUCCAGGAGGAGCGGUUAGCAGACGUCCUCAAAGAGUACGAGACAAUAACAUCGAUACAUGUUUACAGCGUCGGACCUCACCCAGCCAAGGAUCUUACGCUGCUUGUUGAUGCCGCUCAAAGUGCGCUAGCCAUCAAGGAUGAUGCUAAGAAACCACAGCCCCGUCCCAUCGUCAACUCUCACGUACGCCGAAGAGAAAGAAAGGGACUGGGACUCAAGGCUGCCGCACCCGCCAAGCAAGAGUCGAAGACCAAAACAGCACCCACCAAGACGGCACCCGCUAAACCAUCGCCAGCGCCCGCCCCUGCCGCCGCACCAGCAAAGCCCCAGGAGGAGAGCAAAUCCACUGCACCGGCUAUGGAACCCGAAGCACCGACUGCCACCACCAAGAAACCUGCGCCAUCACUCAAACGUAAUACCUCCGCCGCUUCUGGUAUUAUGCAAGCCUUCUCCAAGGCCGCUUCCCUGCCCAAGAAGGCCAAGACGUCGGAAAAGUCUACAACCGCUGCCGAGGAGACGCCUGCUGCCCUGUCAGACGAUGGAGAGGAUGACGAUGACGUCCCGUUGCCAAAACCGGAUGCCCAAUCUACGAGGAAGAGCAAGAAGGAGCGUGAAGAGGAACUGAGGAGAAUGAUGGAGGACGACGAAGACGAGGACAUGGAAGAGACAGCUGAUUCUCCCGCCCCAGAGGAAGAGGAAGAAGAAGAGCCCGCCGUUGAGGAGCCACCCGCCAAGGCUGAUGUUGCCAAAGAGGAGAAAAAGGAGAUCGUGACGACAAGUGGGGAUGGAAGGAGGCGUGGAAAGAGGAGGGUGAUGAAGAAGAAGCAGAUUAUGGAUGAUCAGGGAUAUCUGGUCACCAUACAGGAACCUGCUUGGGAGUCCUUCUCCGAGGAUGAGGCUCCGCCAGCCGACAAACCAAAGCCCAAGGUUGCGAACCCGGCGCCACCCGCGGCGGCCGGGAAAGCGAAGAAGCCUGCGCCCAAGGGGCAGGGCAACAUCAUGUCGUUCUUCUCCAAGAAAUAGUCUGUGGCUGGCUCAGCCUUUGCGAAAUCGCUGUAUUUUGGGCUGUAAUUCUGCCAGGUUCUAGAUGUCUGAUCAACUUAGCGGGGCACGGAAACUCAAGGCGCCUUCUGCCUGACCUUAAUUUUCUCGUUGUCGUCACUGACUUUUGGCUUGCUUCUCUUCGAGAGUUCCUUGGCAUCGUGGGGAGAAUUAUACUACAACCAUCGUCUAUAACACCACAACAACCAAGAUGUAUUAACUCCCUUCCGUGCAGCGUCCUUGAUCUUUCCUGUCUCCAUUUCAUUCUCUUCCCAGUGAUAGUCGCGUCGUGUUUAGUUUUAUGCGUGGCGUAUCUCUGUGUCACCAAUCACUGCAUUACCAGCAGUACUUUUCUCCGUUCACGUUUUGCGAUUGGAAAAGAACGUAGACAGCGUUAGCAAAGCAGUGCUGGCAAGAAAUCACGCUUCUGUAUCUCCGUCUCCGUCUUCGAUUUCUCCACCUCGCUCCCUUCCUCGCCGUUCCGCUACAUACCUCACACGUGUGCAUACCUACCUUCGGCGCCAAUGUCCGUAUCCGACAGCACCAUCUUUUUCCACGCUGUUUUUGGUACAAUACCGAGGGAGUCGCUUACGUGACUAUCUGUCGAGCGAGCGGGUGGUGUGUGUGAGAGACGCAUGUACUAACGUACAGUACAGUGCAAGUGAACUGGAAUGUAUAGAUUUCCAAACGAUCAACUGUGUCGCAGGUCCUGUGGUCAGCUAGCCAGUCAGGUAGUCAUUCAAAGAUUUGUGGUUUGUCUCAUGUUGGUUAGCCUUCC